GCCACGCGCAUCCUCUGACUUGCACAAGCUAGAAGUCUCGACAGUGCUCGAUAAAUCAGAAGAGGGAAACACAGGACAAAAACUACAAAAAUGUUUCCUGGGUUCCUUCUCAGCCUCGCACUCUCACUGAAUCUAUGGUUCUGUGACGUAGCAUUAACAACUCAACAAGAAGCACCAUGUAUUAUUAUGGAUGAAACCAAUAUCAACCCUGAGGUUGCAAAACUUCUGGGCAGAAUUAAAUAUGUUGCUCGAAGCUGCAAAGAAAUCCGUGACAAGUAUCAUGUUUAUGAUGACGGCCUGUACUAUCUGAUCUCAUCAAGAGGGGUCCUUUACCAGACGUUCUGUGAUAUGACCACUGCUGGCGGCGGCUGGACGCUGGUGGCCAGUGUUCAUGAAAACAACAUGCAUGGAAAGUGCACUGUUGGUGAUCGCUGGUCUAGUCAGCAGGGCAGUGACCCAAACCGUCCUGAUGGUGAUGGGACAUGGGCAAACACAGUCACAUUUGGAGCUGCCGAAGCGGCCACAAGUGAUGAUUACAAGAAUCCUGGAUAUUUUGACAUUGUGGCACAGGAUGUGUCUGUGUGGCAUGUUCCUAAUAAUAGUGAGCUGGAACACUGGACCACUGCCUCCAUCCUGAGAUACCACACUGAAAAUCACUUCUUAACCCUACAUGGAGGAAACCUUUUGAGUUUGUUCAAGAAAUUCCCUGUGAGGUUUGGAAUCGGGACAUGCAACGUUGAUAAUGGACCUGUUAUUCCAAUAGUAUAUGAUACUGGAAAUGCUAUUUCAACCAAAUAUCUGUAUGGUCGUUAUCUAAGAGGAUUAUUUGAGCCUGGAUUCAUCACAUUCAGGGUCUUCAAUAACGAAAAGGCAGCUAUGGCUAUUUGUUCAGGUGUUAAACCAAUCGGUUGUGACACCGAACAUUUCUGUAUUGGUGGAGGUGGACACUUUCCUGAGGAGGUCCCUAGACAGUGUGGGGACUUUACGAGCUUCGACUGGAAUAGACAUGGUAUUAAUACAGGAUGGAGUGCUUCCAAAGAAAUAACUGAAGCAGCUGUACUUCUCUUUUAUCGCUGACACUCUGAUCAUUCUAAAGAGAUAUACCGCAUU